GCGCGCGAACCCACUCUCUGCCAAAAGCACUUUUCUCCUAAAGCGCUUUCCUAAACCCGCUUUUCUCCCUAAUCCCCCUCCCCAGCCGCUCAGCUGCCGAGCCGCCGCUUCUCUCAGCCGCUGAAUCCCCUUUUAUAAUUUUAUUUGGUGGCCCUUUCGCAUUCCCCCAAAUCAAACCGACUGCUAUUCAGAACAGCCGGUCCAAUGGAGCCGCCGCCGUUACAUACAAACACCCCUCGGAAUUCCAAGAAGAAGCGGUUGUUUUCCGAUAGGGGUUCUGGGUGCAUGGAUUCCGACGACGUCGUGGAGAUUUCGCCGCCGGCUACUCCGAUCACUCGGGCCCCCAAAUUUCAGAAACUCAAACUCAAAGAGGUAAUUCGGCAUGAUGUGAUUGAAAUUGAUGAAGAUGAAGAUUCAGUUGCUGCAAUGCUUAUUGAUGAUAGAGUUGAUAACAAAGCCAAAGGGAAGGCAAUAGAAAACUCUUCUGAUGGCUACUAUGAUUAUAAGUAUUUUCAGGAAGAUGAGGUCAAUAGCCUUUUUGGCCCUUCUGUUAUGGCAACCCCUGAGUCAGCGAAUGGGAUUGAAGCUACUAAGGGUUUUGUUCCAGCUAACGUGAUCAACUUAGAUGGUCAUACUUCUGAUUUGUCAUAUGAAGAUGAUGACUUCGCUGAUCCUUUUCUUGAUGAGUUUAUGGAUGUUGAUGAGUAUGCCCAAUUGCAAGCCCAUUUUGAUAAUGUGGAUAUUCCCCCUGGAAUAGAGGCACCUAUUCCUUGGUUGUCGGAUCCUCCUAAAAAUAAAGUUAAUUCAGUUUCUGGAAGUAGUUCUGUCAAUAAGAGGUUUCAAAUGCAACAAGAGCCUGAUCAUUUCAUUAAGAAGCCACUUUUAGGGGGUAGUUCAAAUUUGAAGACCCAAAUUGAUAGUAUUUCCCACCCACCUGAAGUGAAUCUAUCAUCUGCAUGGAAUCUUCCGAAAACUGCCAGGAGUAAAAAGAAACAACCUGCUUCACAACACCAAGGGAGUGCUCCUAAUCUCCCAGUUGGGAAGGAGUCAUCAAAGUCUCAAUGGCUUUUAGGACCUUUCCAGUCAAAAAAGAAGGUAGCUUCUUCAAGUACUUCGACGAAUCAAUUUGACGCAAUGAAGCUUGGUUCCGGAGCUGACACAUCUUCUGCUUCGUAUUUUCAUAGCAUUCUAAAGAAAAAGGGUUCAAGUGCUUUUUAUAAACCCAUGCCCAUUCCUGGGUGGCCCGGGCCCAUUUCCAAAUUUAAUACUAUGCCAUUUAAUUCAAGCUUGUACGAUCUAGAUUCAUUAUAUUCUCCUGGGGAAGUAGCAGGUAGUCCUUGGAUUGCUAAUGCGCAAAUUCAAAACAAUCUUGCUCCAGGAGGCAUUUCAACAAGCCCUGGGAGGAAAAUUUCUGCCAUGGAAAUGGAUGAAAUGAUAGUGAAGUUUAAGGGCUUCAAAAAAUUUGAUACAGUUGAAGAUCAUUCAGACCAUCACUUUAGUAGGUGUGGCUAUUCACCGAAGCAACCACCAAAGAGUUGGGCAAAGAGAAUUCAGGAAGAGUGGAAGAUCCUGGAGAAGGAUUUGCCUGAUACAAUAUUUGUUAGAGCUUAUGAGACAAGAAUGGAUCUUUUGAGAGCUGUAAUUGUUGGGGCGGAGGGUACUCCUUACCAUGAUGGUCUCUUCUUCUUUGAUGUUUGCUUCCCCUGUGGCUAUCCCAAUGUUCCACCGAAUGUCUACUACCACUCUGGUGGCCUUCGAUUAAAUCCAAAUUUGUACAAUUGUGGAAAAGUAUGCCUCAGCCUUCUUAACACCUGGUCUGGGAACAAGAAUGAGAAGUGGCUCCCAGGUGUGUCAACCAUGCUACAAGUGUUGGUCUCUAUACAAGGGCUGAUCUUGAAUACAAAGCCCUACUUUAAUGAGCCUGGAUAUGCAAAUACGAAUGGUUCAGCAGCUGGUGAAAAGAGGUCUGAGGAGUACAAUGAGAAUACAUUCAUCCUAUCAUUGAAGACAAUGGUGUACAGCAUGAGGAGGCCUCCGAAGCAUUUUGAGGAUCUUGUUCUGGGGCAUUUCUACAAUCGUGCUCGUGACAUUCUGGUGGCAUGCAAAGCAUACAUGGAUGGUGCUCAAGUGGGGUGUCUAGUCAAAGGUGGUGUUCAAGAUGUUGAUGAGGGUGACAAGAGCUGCUCACAGCGUUUCAAAACUUCUGUAGCCGACCAUGUGCCUAUGAUUGUCGCAGAGUUUACAAGGAUCGGGGUCAAGGAUUGUGAGAGAUUCGUAUCACCAGCAACAUCUGGGAACAACCAAAUUGCCAGUAUGCCUCAGGCUGCAACGUCAAUGAUUUCAUGCUGAAAAUUUGAUUUUUCAAGACUCGACUCUAUGUCAGACAUCUAGGAGGUGAGACUUAGGUUCCGGUUCACCGCAAAUAAUCAGUAGACUUGUUUUUUUGGUCAAAAAGUUUAGACUUAAUUUAUUAGAGCGUCUUUCAUGGAAUCCAUCCGUCUGCGUAAAUAUGUUUUGGGAUAUUGUAUAUAGAUGUCAGUAUGGAUGAGAUUGCUCGGAACUGAAACUACCAGGAACUGAAACAACCAUUCUGCAAUUUAUAGUUUUACUGAAAUUGUAAAGCUGAUAAUCCGGCCUGAAUUUUUAUCAAACUUUGCGGUAACUAAUUGUAUUGGAGUAGAAAUUCCAGAUGCUUUAAAAUCUUUCAUAGGAA